UUUAUUCACUGCCCUCUUUAUCUCUCUGUAGUGAUGGCCGACGUCCUGAAAAGUUUGAACCUUCUUGAGACCCUCAAAGAGUCGAUCGAGAGCAAUAAACUGUCAGAGGUCAAGGACGCGGUGGAAGACCUCCUGAUCAGCAGAAUCAAUCUGGCAGUGGUCGGGGACCGUGGGGACGAGAAGGCCUCCAUCAUGAACUCCCUUCGUGGUCUGGGGCCCGGCGAUGAGGGAGCAGCUCCCUCUCCGUCCCCUGCUGCCCCUGAGGACAUGGCCGGUUACCCGAACCCUAAGCACCCGGACUUCCGCCUGUGGGACCUGCCCCCCGUUCCAACCACGUCCCCGUUUGAACCGCAGGGAUACAUGGACCGGUAUAAAUUCCUCCGCUACAAUGCCAUCUUCAUGACGUUCACCGAGAGACCCCGACCGAACAGCGUGGAGGUUUUCUUGGAGUCUCAUUCCGUGCAGCGACAGACUGUGUACUUUAUUCUUUUAGCUUCCGCUAAAGACACAGAGAAGAGCUUGGAGGAAAAGAGAAAGAGCAGCUUGGCCGUGCUCACGGCGCAGGGCGUCGCCCUGCCCAAGGUCUACGUGGUGGCACCCUCCACUCUGGAGAAACUGGACUUCCCCGGGCUGUUAGAGAACAUGAGUAAAGACCUCCCAGAGAUCCGAGCCCACGCGCUGCUCCUGGCUCUUCCAACACUCACCUCGGACUUGAUCACCCAGAAGAAGGAGGCCUUCAAAGCGCUGGUGUGGGCAGCGGCGUCGCUCUCCGGCGGGAUGUCGGCCAUUCCCGUUCCUCUGGUGGCGUCCAUGGUGGACUCCAGCGUGGCGGUGCGGAUCCUGACCAAAGCCCAGCUCUCUCUGUGCCUGGACAACGAGUCCGUGGAGCGCCUGGCUCGGCAGCGGGGCGUCGAGCCCGCGCGCCUCAAGCAGCUGCGGACCUCCGCGCUGUCGGUGGAGGUCAGCAAGGCCGAGGUGAAAACCCGCCUGGCGGCCGCAGAGAAGGAGCUGGCCACGGUCUCGUCCAAGCUGCUGGAGAUGGCGAUGCCGAGACACGCCCGUUCGGCCAGCCGCUCCUUCGCCGCCAUGCUGCAAGCCUUAAACAGCUCUAUUGACGAGAUGGCCGUGGAUGCUGAGAAGAUACUGGCUGCUGCUCUUUAGA